ACUUCCGUCACUUGGCUGUCCGUUUGGACCGAAAGUUAACAGAAAUAGAAGGAACAAGUGUCUAUUUUACCCUUUCCAAUCUCCAGCACAGCGGUGGACUGGUGUGGCGGUGCCCCUGCCGCUCAUCCCCGCGUGACCCCACCUCCGGCGGCGAGGUGGGCAGGGGCGACCUCCAGCUCCGGCCGGCGAGGCGCGCGAAGGCGAGCGGCAGCUGCUACGGUCGGCGAGGCGGGCGGGGCCGUGCAGCUCGGGCCGGCGAGGCGAGCGGGGGCGAGCUGCUGCUCCGGUGGCCGGCGAGGCGAGCCGUGGCUCUGGGGCAGUGCGCCAAGGUGAGGUGCCGCUCCGUUGGCCGGCCCGUCGUCGCGUGUGUGUGCCUUUUUCAAUGCAGCUCCGUUGGCCGGCCGGUCGUCGCGUCUCCAGGGUGGAAGACCGUGGACGAGCAUAGAUGCCGCCGCUGCGGAGCGCAGCGUGUCGAGGCUUCACAGCGGGGUGGGGGAAGGCUGGGCGAUGGGGUUGGGGACGACGCGAGGUGCAGAAGGCGUAGGCCGGCAGACGACGUCGCAGUAGGAGGGAGAGGGGGCCGCCGUAGGUCCGGCCGGGAUCGAGGUUAGGGAAGGAGAGGCCGCCGCCGAGCUAGCCGGUGACGGGAAGUUAGAUGCCGCUGCCCUAGGACCAGCUGAGGGGCACUCCGAGGCUAGUAGAUCUCGAACAAGGAGUCGUCCUGUCGUUGGAGGGGACACCUCCGCCUAGCGCAGCGUCUUGGAUUGGCCGGCCACGGGAGGGAGGAGGGUACAGCUGCACUGGAGCAAAACAGUCAAAUAUUGACGGUAGGGGCACCGAAGUCCAGACAAAAUUUGUUUGAUGGCUCGGUAGGAGACACAAAUUUUUAAUGGUACGUGAGGAAUUAAGAAUUUUUAUAAUAGCUCUAAGGGAAUAGCCUCUCUUUUUAAAGCCUUGCUGGCCCAUCUCCUCCAACAAUCUCGCCGUCGCCUAAAACCCCCCAAGCCACUGCCCCAAGCCCUCUGCGCCCGCUCGCCACUCGCCCCUCUUCAAUCGCCAUGGCCGCCAUCCACCUGCGCCCGCUCCGCUCCUCAGCCUUCUCCUCCGCUAGGUCCCGCUCCCUCCUCCACCUCCUCGCCCGCCCACUCUCCUCUUCCCAGGCAUCCUACGCCUACCACCCUCCCCCUUCCCCCGCCACCGCCGCCGCCGCCGCUCCCAACCAUGUCCACCAGCCCCAUCAGCAGCAGUGGGCCCCGACGCGGAACCCUCCUCCCCCCGGACCCCCUCCACAGUGGCCCCCGCAGGGGCAUCCCUCCCCGCCCCAUCCGGGGAACACCCGCGGCUAUGGGCCUCCGCCGCAGCAGCAUGUGCCGCCUCCACCGCCCGGUGGCCACAGACCUCCGCCGCCCCGCGGCUACGGGCCUCCACACCCUCACCAGCAUGUGCCGCCUCCGCCACCACGCGGCUACGGGCCUCCACCACCACACCAUCAGGGGCCACCUCCACCUCCACCGCCCCGCGGAUACGGACCUCCACCACCGCAGAAGCAGGCGCCGCCUCCGCCGUCACGCGGCUACGGGCCUCCACCACCGCAGGAUCAGGCGCCGCCCCCGCCCCACGGCUACGACCCUCCGCCCCCGCAGCAGCACUCUUCUCCGCCGCCGCCUCCUCCUGAACCUGUGGCGGGGCCGGGGGAGCUGAUGGGGCUGUGCCGGGAGGGACGGGUGAAGGAUGCCGUCGAGCUUCUCGCCAAGGGGGCGCGCGCCGACCCGCCCGCCUUCUAUGAGCUCGCAGCCGCCUGCUCCAACCCCAAGCUGCUCGAGGAGCCAGGGCUCCGGAAGGUGCACGACUUCUUCCUCCGCUCGCCCUUCCGCGGCGACCUCCGGGUCAACAACAAGCUGCUCGAGAUGUACGCCAAGUGCGCAGCCAUGCCCCAUCCCAUGCCCCAUGCCCGCAGGACGUUCGACAAUAUGCCUGACCGCGACAUGGACUCGUGGCACAUCAUGAUUGAUGGCUACUCGGUGAACGGGCUUGGGGAUGAGGCCCUGCGGCUCUUCGAGCUGAUGAAGGAAUGCAUGGCACCGACCAGACACACCUACGUGCUUGUGCUCAAUGCUUGUGCCAACUCGGAGGCCAUUGAGGAGGCAUUCCUUUACUUCGAUGCCAUGUCCAGGGACCAUGGCAUUGAGCCUGGUGUGGAACACUAUGUUGGGAUCAUUGAGGUCCUGGGGAAGUCAGGGCAUCUCAACGAGGCUAUGGAGUAUAUCGAGAAACUACCGUUCGAGCCCAACGCCAUGGUUUGGGAGUCAGUCUUGAACCUGGCACGUAUGAAUGGAGACAUUGAUCUUGAGGACAGAGCAGAGGAGUUGUUGGUGUCGCUUGAUCCAUCCAAGGAAAAUCCUAAGAAGCUACCAACCCCACCUUCAAAGAGGCGUCUGGGGAUUAAUAUGCUUGAUGGCAGGAACAAGCUGGCAGAGUACCGGCUGCCACCCAAGAUUGAAAAGAAGGUGGUCAAUGAGCAGAGAUAUGUCCCAGAUACAAGGUAUGUGCUGCAUGACAUUGAUCAGGAGGCCAAGGAGCAGGCACUGCUGUACCAUAGUGAGAGGCUGGCGAUUGCUUAUGGCCUGAUUAGCACCCCAGCAAGGACUCCGCUUCGCAUCAUUAAGAACCUAAGGAUCUGCGGGGACUGCCACAAUGCCAUCAAGAUCAUGUCAAGGAUCGUUGGGAGAGAGCUUAUUGUUAGGGACAAUAAGAGGUUCCACCAUUUCAAGGAUGGAAAGUGCUCUUGUGGAGAUUAUUGGUGAAGAUGGAUGGCCAUCCAAAUGUGGUGUGACAUUGAAGUCUUCUUCUUGUCAGGAUUGCUGCUGUCCUAUAUGAAUAUAUGCUGACAGCCAUGGUUUCAAUUCAUAAUAAGCAGUAUAAGGUAUCUGAUGUACUGUCUCAUCCUUAAAUAUACUUAGCCUAUGCUUAAGGUCCUUGGCUCCUAGCACUUGUAUAUGUGGCUCUGUGCAAGAUUAUCAGUUCUUGAUGCAGUAAUUGAUCCUGCAAUCCUUCUUUGUAUCAAUAUUAUUGUUUAUUUGGGAAAUAUGUGCUUGUUUGGAAUAUAAUUAUAUGGUUGUUUUUUUCUAAA